CGUGUCUCAACACAGUGCACAGUCGCUUCCUGAAGUAAGGCAGAUCCUGCAAAAUAACGAUGGCUGGUCACAGACUGGUCCUAGUGCUCGGAGACCUCCACAUCCCCCACCGGUGUAACACCCUGCCGGCAAAGUUUAAGAAGCUGCUGGUGCCAGGAAAAAUUCAGCACAUCCUGUGCACAGGAAACCUGUGCACCAAAGAGAGCUAUGACUACCUGAAGACCCUGGCAGGAGACGUGCACAUUGUCAGGGGAGACUUUGACGAGAACCUGAACUACCCGGAGCAGAAGGUAGUGACAGUGGGCCAGUUCAAGAUUGGACUGAUCCACGGGCACCAGGUGAUCCCCUGGGGCGACAUGGCAAGCCUGGCCCUGCUGCAGAGACAGCUGGAUGUCGACAUCCUCAUCUCUGGACACACGCACAAGUUUGAAGCCUUUGAGAACGAGAACAAGUUCUACAUCAACCCAGGUUCCGCCACGGGGGCCUACAGUGCACUCGAGAGCAACAUCAUCCCAUCCUUUGUGUUAAUGGAUAUCCAGGCAUCCACGGUCGUCACAUAUGUUUACCAGCUCAUUGGAGAUGAUGUCAAGGUCGAGAGGAUUGAGUACAAGAAAUCAUAAAAGUUGUGCUGGGGUGGGGUAAAAUGAGGUCCCCAGUGAAGCAAGUUGUCUCAUUCCUGUCUUUCUCCCUGCAGCUCCAACAUGGUCACCUGUAUCAUAAGUGUGUGCUAACUUAAUGAAGAAUAUAACAUAGUGUCUGAGUCAGCAGCAUUUGCCUGUGUUCGAUCACCAUGUAAGUGUCAGGACAGGAUGCAAUAAUGUUAAAAUCAUUUGCAUAAUUUCAUUAAAGAAGAAAGACUUGGUGCCACAGUUUUUUAUUUUUAUUUUAGUUGUUAUAUAUUGAGAUUAAUAUUCAUUUUCGUAUAAAUGCCCUAUAAAAAGUAUUUGGCUUCUAAUGUAAAAUGUAGACCAUCAUUCACUUUUUGUGUUAUAUUAUCUACAAUAAAAUCACAUCUAAC